AUGCGCGGUAACGUGGACCUACCAGCGAAGAAGAUAUCGCUCGCAAGAGUGAAAAAGACAAUUUCAGCUGCCACCUUCUUCAAGAGGCAAAACAAUAAGAUUUACAAAAGAAACAGUACACUCCAGGCAACUCUCAGAAACUCAAAGUUUACCGGCGAAGACGCUAAUGCUACGACAUUGCUGAGCGCCAAGUCACGCUCUUCCCCACGAAGCAUAAAGAAAAGUGGAGGAAAAAAGAGAUCCUCGGGGAGGCACCCUCUGAAUGUGUUCUUCAAAGAUGCUAGCGACGAGUACCGCCGCCAUCUUUACAACACUACCUCACUCAACAUCACCAAAACUCUCAAUUCACUUCUCCAUAACCUCUACGAUAGUACUCUACGAACGAUCACCCCGGACAGUAGUCAGCAAAAUUCCAACGCCUCGCCCCUAAGGCUUUCCGGCCCAGCAAAGUACGAACGUCUAGCCACCCAACUGUAUCAGCCCAUCUCUCAGUUCAAGCUAUCACUGCGGCGUAUCGACAGUAGAGGAAAGAGUGUACGGUUUGUGCAGACACUGGAAACUCGUAUGCUACACUAUGACGAGUUGAUUGCCAAAGAGACGAAGAAGCUAGGAACGCUGCAGAAAGAGUGGGAAUCUGUCGUGAGUGAGAUCUGGAAGCUGGGAGCUAAAUGUCUGGGCGACGAAGCGAUGGCAGAGAUGCUAUUCACUGAACAAGGAUUGUAUGAGAAGACCUUGCCACUUUCCUCAUCUCCAUUUAAAGCCACCGACGCUGAAGACACUCUGUUCAUUCCUGAGAACGACAGCUUUUCUCCACGCUACAAACCUCUUGUCGGCAAAAGGCGUGUUACUUUUCUCGAAGAAGAAGAAGAAGCACCAGGCGUUUGUGGCAAGUACGACGCCACGCCAACAGAUCAGUUCCCAGAUUUUAUCCAUCAACCUUCAAGUGAUCGCAACGGCACGUUGCCUCUCAUACCAGAUUUAUCUGAGGGCGAGACUAAGGAGCUGGAGAAAAUGGUGACGGAGCUAGGCAAACAGGAGAUGGGUGAUUUCUGCAAGAUUGAAGAGGAUCAUGAGGCGUACUGGAAAAAGAAGACGGCACAGCUUGCGAAUGCGCUGAAGAGUGACUGA